UUUCUCCGGCGACUCAAAACCUCCACAACAACAAACAACAAUGGCGGUCACAAUCCCAAACCAUCUGAAACAACAACAACACCACUCAACUUAAUUCCAGAAAAUGCACAAACUCAACGAAGAAGACGACGACGACUAUGCAAGGACUUCACCAUCAACAACAACAGCUUGGUGCUCUUCUCUCCGUUGCCCUCGCCAAAGACGACACCGCCUCUUCCGCCGCCGCACCAUCUUCUUCUUCCUCUUCGUCGGCGACUCAGGAAGAUGACGACUCCAAUCGACUCGCCGCCAUUAACUCGCUUCAUCGUCUCAUCCUUUUUCCUCCUAACUCAGUUCUCGUUUCUCACUCCGCUACUUUUCUCUUUCAAGGCUUUUCUCAGCUCCUUACUGAUAAAUCAUAUGCAAUCCGGCGGGCAGCAGCCACUGGAUAUGGAGCGCUCUGCUCUAUUUUGUGUACAAUUCCAUCAGGUUCUAACGGAAGACAGAAUCAUGUUGUACUGGGAACUUUGGUGGAUCGUUUUAUUAAUUGGGCGUUGCCAUUGCUGAAAAAUAUGACUGCAAAUGAUGGGUCAAUGGAGCUGGCUCUGGAAAGUCUGCGCGAAUUCUUAAGUUUUGGGGAUGUAGGAGCAACUGAGCGCUAUGCUUUUCCUAUACUCAAAGCAUGUCAAGAACUGCUUGAGGAUGAGAGGACCUCCUUGAAUCUGCUGCAUCAGAUUUUGGGUGUUUUAACUGUGUUAUCCUUGAAGUUUUUUAGAUGUUUUCAGCCCCACUUUGUUGAUAUUGUUGACCUGCUACUCGGAUGGGCAAUGUUACCGGAUCUUGCUGAGUCUGAUAGACAAGUUAUUAUGGGCAGCUUCUUGCAGUUUCAGAAAUAUUGGGUGAGUAAUCUGCAGUUCCCUUUGAGUUUGAUGUCCAAGUUUUUAGGUGAUAUGGAUAUGCUGCUACAAGAUGGAAGUCCUGGAACUCCUCAACAAUUUCGUAGAUUGCUUGCUUUAUUUUCUUGUUUCUCGACUGUACUAAAAUCAACGGCUUCAGGGUUGCUAGAAAUUAAUCUUCUUGAACAGAUAGUUGAGCCUCUGAGUAAAAUGAUUCCCAAGUUGCUGGGAUGCUUGUCUUUGAUGGGGAAAAAAUUCGGGUGGUCAAAGUGGAUUGAGGAUUCUUGGAGGUGUUUGACUCUCUUGGCCGAAAUACUACGGGAAAAGUUUUCCACAUUUUAUCCGCUUGCUCUUGAUGUUUUAUUUCUGAGUUUGGAUGUAGAUGACAGCACAAAACCUGCUGAAGGUGGGAAAAUUACGUCCUUUCAGAUUUAUGGUGUUCUUAAAACUAAUCUGCAGUUGCUGUCCCUGCAAAAGCUGGGGCUUCUUCCUUCUUCUGUUCAUAAAAUUUUGCGAUGGGAUUCUCCAAUUUCUCAGCUGCGUUUGCAUCCCAAUCAUUUGGUGACAGCUAGUGCUGCUGCUACUUAUGUUUUCUUGCUUCAACAUGGGAGUGAUGAAGUUGUUGAACAUGCAAUUAGCUCACUAUUCGAAGAGAUGGUCAUGUUGUCUGAUAUGUUAGAAAAAGUCCUUGUCUGUAGAGACGUGGAUACUAACCGUCCCGGUGCUGAUUCUUUCUCAAAAAUGGAGUUGUUUGCCUUAAUUAAGUAUAACUUGAAAGUCUUACUGAGCUGUAUUUGCCUGGACAAGACAGAUAGUUUGACUGCCUCACCUGACAUGGCUAAUCUGUUGUGCAAAAGGUCAGAACGUCUAGCAUUGUUUAUAAUUACGAAGUUGUAUCCUUUCCAGUUAUCUGUCAAAAACUGUGUAGAGCUGCAAGUAGUUGUUCUUGAAACUUUAGGUAGGAUUUCUUCGGUCGAGCUAUUGAGCAAGUACUCCAUUGAGUUUCGCAGCAAUGAUUCUGUUCAGAAAACAAAUAGAGUUAGUAUGGAUUGUAAUUUCAUUGUUGGGCAUUUAAACAAAUACAGUAGCAUUCUUUUGAAAGCUCUUGAAGCUAAUUCUCCUCUUGCUUUAAAACUCAAAGCCCUUGAUUGGAUUCAUAAAUCAUGUGAAGAUGCAACUAGAAUAUAUGAAAGUCUGAAUGUGCCCAUAAAUCCUUAUGAUGAUGCUGGAUAUGGUUCUUCUGUCUGGAAUCUGGUUUCCUCUGUACUGGGUGCUGCAUUUGACAGGGAAACAAAAGUGAGGUUGCAAGUGGCUACAGUAUUUGACAUGCUUUUACGAGCAAAACUUGUUCACCCCAGAGACUUCUAUCAGAUGGCAGAAGUGGUCCUCGAAAAGCUUGGCGAUCCAGAUACUACAAUAAGAAGUGCUUUUGUAAAGCGUCUUUCCCAUUUCCUCCCAGUUGCGGUCUAUCUCUGUGGCUCAUCGGAUUGUGGAACAGUUACAACAGGCAGGCUCACUGACUGCAAAUCAAGAAAUAGAGCUGACUUGCACUGGAGGCAUGUGUUUGCCCUCAAGCAACUGCCACAACGUCUACAACCACAGCAACUUGUUUCUAUUUUGAGUUACAUCUCACAACGAUGGAAGGCACCUCUUUCUUCCUGGAUUCAACGGCUUAUUCAACACUGUAAUUGUGCGAAGGACUUAACACAAAGUCUGGAGGAAACCGGAAGUUCCAGUGGCAAUAGUAAAUGGCUGGACAUUAAAUUUGAGGCUGAAUUUCUUGAAAAAACUAGUUUAGUGAAUAACUUGGCUGGUGUAUGGUGGGCUAUACAUGAAGCUGCUCGAUAUUGCACUGCUACUCGUCUUCGGACUAACCUUGGUGGUCCAACUCAAACUUUUGCAGCCCUAGAGAGAAUGCUUCUUGAUGUAUCUCAUAUGCUGCAAAUUGAUAGCGAGCAAAAUGAUGGAGGUUUAAGCAUAAUAGGUUCCAGUGGUGCCCAUUUAUUGCCUAUGAGGUUAUUGCUGGAUUUUGUUGAGGCUUUGAAGAAAAAUGUAUACAAUGCAUAUGAAGGUUCUUCUGUGCUGCCUCUUGCUUCUCGUCAGAGUUCCUUGUUUUUUCGAGCAAACAAAAAGGUUUGUGAGGAGUGGUUUUCUCGCAUAUGUGAGCCAAUGAUGAAUGCUGGCUUGGCAUUACAGUGCCAUGAUGCUAUCAUCCAGUAUUGUUCCCUGCGUUUGCAGGAGCUCAAAAGUUCAGUAACUUCUUCCUUUAGAGAAAAGUCUCGAACUCAGGCUAUUGAUAACCCACUUGAUGUCAGGGGAAAGUUAAGUGGAGAUGUCAUGCGAAUUGUGCAACAAAUGGCUCAGGCUCUGUCUAAGAAACAUGAAUCAGCAGCUUUAAUUGGCUUGCAGAAAUGGGCGUAUAUGAGCUUUUCUUCUUUGUUUGACGAAAGCAAACAGGCUGAUAAUAGCUAUCAGCUUUAUGGACCUUUCUCGUGGAUCACUGGUUUAGUACAUCAAGCAGAAGGACAAUAUGAAAAAGCUGCUGCUGUCUUUACUCAUUUGCUUCAGACAGAAGAAUCUCUUAGUUCUAUGGAAGCCGAUGGAAUACAAUAUAUAAUUGGACGUGUCAUUGAGAGCUAUUGUGCAAUUUCAGAUUGGCAGUCACUUGAUUAUUGGUUGCUGGACCUGCAAGCUUUACGGGCAAAGCAUGCUGGAAAAAGUUAUUCAGGUGCUUUAACUAUUGCUGGAAAUGAAAUGAAUGCAAUCCAUGCGUUAGCUCAAUUUGAUGAGGGUGACUACCGGGCAUCAUGGGCAUCCUUAGAUUUAACACCCAAAAGUAGCUCUGAACUUACUCUUGAUCCCAAAUUGGCGUUGCAAAGGAGUGAGCAGAUGCUUUUGCAAGGAUUGCUUUAUAAAACUGAAGAUAAAAUGGACAUGGUGCCUGAUGAGAUGCAUAACGCCAAGUUGUUGCUAAAUGAAGCUCUGACUAUUCUCCCACUUGAUGGGUUACCAGAGGCUGCACCAUAUGCCAUACAUUUGCACUGCAUAUAUGCAUUAGAAGAGGAUUGCAGGUUGGCUAACAUUCAGGACAAACCUAAGCAGUUUGAAUCAAUAGUAAAUUCACUUUGGCAGGCAGUUUAUUUGCCUAUGAGUGUAGUCCACCAGGAUUGUAGGUCAUGGCUGAAGCUUCUUAGGGUAUACCAAACCAUCCUUCCUAUUUCAUCUGUUACCUUGCAACUAAGCAAGGAUUUAAUGUGCUUAGCUCGCAAGCAGGGAAAUUUUGGGUUGGCAAACAAUCUUAAGAAGUAUCUCAGGGAUCAAACUGAUACUUGCUUUGAGGGAAGUAACUGUGUAUUUCUAACAUCAAGCUUGAAGUAUGAGGAUAUUCUGCUGUUGUAUGCUGAAAAGAAGUUUGCAGAUGCAUUCACAAAUAUGUGGUCAUAUGUUAAGUCUGGCUUUUAUGGUUUAGAGAAUGUAGAUGCUGCUGCUGACGAUAGUCCAUUAAAGGCUAAGGCAUGCCUGAAGCUCUCAAAUUGGUUGAAGCGGGAUUAUGCUGAUUUUAGCCUGGAAAAUGUUGCUCUUGAUAUUCUUACUGACUUCAGCCAGUUUGGUGAAAGUAAUGAAUCCUUAGUAGAAGAGAAGUUGAUCUCUAAACCAAGUACACGCUUAGUCAUUGAGGAAAUUGUUGGCACAGCAACAAAGCUAUCAACGCAGCUUUGCCCUACUUUAGGCAAGACUUGGAUUUCAUAUGCAUCUUGGUGUUUUUCUCAAGCUAAAGAGAGUCUAAACCCAUCUCAGGGAGCUGUCCUUCAUUCGUCCCCUCUUUCUCCAGUCCUUAGUCAAGAGUUGAUUCCAAAGAUGACCAGUUUAACUGAAGAUGAAAUUUUGAGAGUUAGAUCUAUUAUUUCAGAACUUCUUUGUGCAAAUGAUUCAAAUGAAGGGGAAGAGAGGUGUUCCUUAGUUGAAUCGUCCAAUGAGGUGAAUCGUCUAAAUCAAGCAACAUCUUUGGUGCAGAAAGUAGUGAAUGUUAUUGAAACUGCAGCUGGAGCACCUGGUGUGGAAAAUUUUGGUUCUGAGUCUCUAUCAGCUGCAGUGUCUUCUCAGAUUUGGAUGACUAUUCUUGAUCAAGAUGUUCACCUAGAAGAAAAUGUUAUGACAUCUUAUGUCAGUGCUUUGGUUGUCUUGGUUGAUAUCUGGUGGUCUUUGAGGAAGAGAAGAGUGUCUUUAUUCGGGAACGCUGCAUAUGGUUUCAUGCAGUACCUUUCGUUCUCUUCCUCAAGGCUUGGUAGUUUCACAUCCAUUGACCGUGAUUGUGGAUCCUUCAGUAAAAAAACUGGAAGCUUAAGGGCUACUCUAUAUAUACUACAUAUUAUGCUCAAUUAUGGUUUGGAGCUGAAGGACACACUUGAACCUGGCCUAUCUUCUGUUCCAUUGUUGCCGUGGCAGGAAGUAACACCACAGCUGUUUGCUCGAUUAUGCUCUCAUCCAGAACCCGAAACACGGAAGCAUUUGGAAGGCUUGCUAAUGAUGCUGGCAAAGUCGUCUCCGUGGUCUGUUGUGUAUCCAACUCUUGUCGACGUUAAUGCUUCUGAUGAAGAACCGCCAGUGGAGCUUCAGCGUAUUCUGGAAUGUUUGAUGAAGCUUUAUCCAAGGCUGGUACAAGAUGUCAAACUCAUGAUUUAUGAAUUAGGAAAUGUAACUGUUCUCUGGGAGGAACUAUGGCUCAGCACUCUCCAAGAUCUUCAUGGAGAUGUGCAUAGGCGGAUUAAUUUGCUAAAAGAAGAAGCUGCAAGGAUUUCAGGAAAUAUUACUCUUAGCCACAGUGAGAAAGUCAAAAUAAAUGCUGCAAAAUAUUCUGCUAUGAUGGCCCCUGUUGUUUUAGCCUUGGAGCGUCGUCUUGCGCUGAUAUCUAAAAAACCUGAGACCCCACAUGAGAAAUGGUUCCAGGAUGAGUACAAAGAGCUGAUAAGAUCUGCAAUUUUAGCCUUUAAAAAUUCUCCUGCAUCUGCUUCAGCACUUGGAGAUGUCUGGCGACCAUUUGAUAAUAUUGCUGCAUCCUUGGCAUCUUAUCAGAGAAAGUCAGAAGUUUCUUUGAAAGAAGUUGCACCACAACUGGCUCGCUUGUCGUCUUCUGAUGUUCCUAUGCCUGGGCUUGAGAAGCAAAAGCAGUUAAUGCUGUCUGAAACUGACAGAGAUUUCAGUAGCAAUUCUCUGGGAAUUGUCACAAUUUCUUCUUUCUCCGAACAAGUGGUUAUUCUACCAACCAAGACCAAACCUAAGAAACUUGUUAUAUUGGGCUCUGAUGGUGGAAAGUAUACAUAUCUUUUAAAGGGUAGAGAAGAUUUACGACUUGAUGCUCGAAUCAUGCAACUUUUGCAAGCGGUUAAUAGUUUUCUUCAAUCAUGUUCUGAAACUCGAAGUCGGUCAGUUGGUAUUCGUUAUUAUUCUGUGACACCAAUUAGUGGCCGGGCUGGUCUCAUCCAGUGGGUGGAUAAUGUAAUAAGCAUUUACAGUAUUUUCAAAUCUUGGCAGCAAAGAGUUCAAAUGGCCCAGCUUCUGGCCACAGGUGGCAGCAAUGUGAAAGAUACAGUUCCUCCACCUGUUCCCCGGCCAAGUGACAUGUUCUAUGGGAAAAUUAUACCAGCAUUAAAAGAAAAAGGCAUAAAGAGAGUUAUUUCAAGACGAGAUUGGCCUCAUGAAGUUAAGCUUAAGGUUUUCUUGGAUCUUAUGAAAGAGACUCCCAAGCAGCUUCUUCAUCAAGAACUCUGGUGUGCAAGUGAGGGUUUCAGUGCUUUCAGCUCAAAACUGAAGAGGUAUUGUGGUAGCUUAGCUGCAAUGAGUAUGGUGGGCCACAUCUUUGGUCUUGGGGAUAGACAUUUGGAUAACAUUCUUAUAGAUUUUUUUAGUGGGGACAUUGUACAUAUUGAUUACAAUGUGUGCUUUGAGAAAGGACAAAGGUUAAAGGUGCCUGAGAUUGUGCCAUUCCGCCUUACUCAGACACUUGAAGCUGCUUUAGGGUUGACUGGAGUUGAAGGACUCUUCAGGGCAAACUGUGAAGCAGUAAUUGGUGUUCUUAGACGGAAUAAAGAUUUACUUCUUAUGUUAUUGGAGGUCUUUGUGUGGGAUCCACUGGUAGAGUGGACACGUGGAGAUUUUCAUGAUGAUGCUGCUAUUGGUGGUGAGGAAAGAAAGGGGAUGGAAUUGGCUGUUAGCUUAAGUUUAUUUGCUUCUCGAGUGCAAGAGAUGCGUGUUCCUUUACAGGAACAUCAUGAUUUACUACUAGGUAGUGCCCCGGCCGUUGAAUCUUCUUUUGAGAGGUUUUUGAACAUCUUAAACCAGUACGAACUUGUCUCGGCUAUAUUUUACCGUGCUGACCAAGAGAGGUCAACUCUUCAUCUCAAUGAAACAUCUGCAAAAUCACUUGUCUCAGAAGCAACUUCUCUCUCAGAGAAAUCUCGUGCGCAGUAUGAAGUUCAGGCUCGGGAGUUUGCUCAGGCUAAGGCUGGUGUGACUGAGAAAGUCCAAGAAGCAACAACUUGGUUAGAGCAGCAUGGAAGGUUCAUUGAUGCUUUGCGGAAUGAUUCCAUAUCUGAAAUCAGAGCCAGUAUAAGGCUAAGCUGUGUGGAAGAUGCUUUAUCUCUUAUCUCUGCUGUGUCAGUAGCAGGUGUUCCAUUGUCUAUUGUUCCUGAACCCACACGAGCACAAUGCCAUGAAAUAGACAGGGAAGUUUCUCAGCUCAUAGCUGAGUUGGACGAUGGAAUUUCAUCUGCAAUAAUAGCACUUCAAGCAUAUGCUCUUUCUCUGCAAAGAUUCUUACCUUUAAAUUACAUUGCAACAAGCCCUGUAAAUAGUUGGGCACAAGUCUUACAACUGUCCAUCAAUUCACUUUCCCCUGAUAUGCUUUCCCUAGCGAGGAGGCAGGCGGGUGAGCUUAUUUCAAAGAUACAUGGAGAUGGUCUUGAUUAUGUCACGCAUUGCCAGGAUGAUCUCUGUCUUAAAAUGAAGAGGUUUGCUUUAGAGAUAGAGAAACUCGAGGAGGAGUAUGCUGGACUUGUAAACUCUAUUGGCUCUGAAGCAGAAUUGAAGGCUAAGAAUCGUAUUCUGUCUGCUUUUCAGAAUUAUAUGCAAUCUAGUGGGUUUAUGAGGAAUGAGGACCUCUUUCCUUCUCUUCCACAUAUACAAUUUAAACAUGAGGGUAGUAGAGAUAGCAAAGUAGAAGUGGAUAUGAAGAAAGAGAAGUUAUUGUCUGUUCUAUAUGUAGCCUUGUGCUCUCUGUAUGAUGACUUGAAACAUAAGGUACAAAACAUAUUUAAUGAGUCAAUUACUUUAGGAAAUGUGGGCAGUCUGCCUCGGUCUGACUUUGGGAUGGUAUUCUUUGAGCUAGAAGAGCAAAUAGAAAAAUGUGUACUAGUUAUGGACUUUAUUAUUGAGCUUCAGCAUUCUGUUGGUAAUGGAGCAGCAACUGGUGAUACAGAAGUUUCUGACAAGAAUUGGGCUUCCAUUUUUAAAGCUACUUUGUUGUCGUGUAAGGAUUUUGUUGUACAUAUGAGUGAAGCUAUUUUCCCAGAGCUUAUUAAAUCCAUUGUUUGCAUUGAUUCAGAAGUAGUGGAUGCAUUUGGGGCAUUGUCCAAUAUCCGGGGAUCUGUUGAAACUGCAUUGGAGCAGCUUAUUGGGGUUGAAGUAGAGAGGGCAUCUCUGGAAGAACUGGAAAAGGGCUACUUUGUGAAGGUUGGUCUCAUCACAGAGCAACAGUUGGCUCUUGAAGAAGCUGCUAUGAAAGGAAGAGAUCAUCUUUCUUGGGAGGAGGCUGAGGAACUUGCUUCUCAAGAAGAAGCUUGUAGGGCACAACUAGACGAACUUCACCACACAUGGAAUCAAAAGGAUGCACGGAGCUCUUCUCUAAUUAAUAAAGAAGCUGGCAUAAGAGAUGGUUUGGUUUCUUCAGAACAUCAUUUUCUAUCUCUGCUUGGUUCUGAGGAAGAGAGAGUAGUUCAUGGUCUUAGAAACAAUGUGUUGUUAUCUACAUUGGACAGACCUUUCUCUGGAUUAGAGUCUCAGGACAAGAAGCUCCUUUCUUAUUGUGAUUCGAGUUUCUGUCAAGUUGAUAUUUCCAAAUUAACUAACAUAAUCACAUCUGGAUGCCAAUUGUCCGAAUAUAUCUGGAAAUUCAAAGGUUUACUGAAUGGUAUUGAUUUUUUUGCUUGGAAAGUUGCAGUAAUGGAUUCCAUCCUUGAUGUUACCAUCCAUAAUGUAUCUUCAUCUAUUGAUCAGAAUUUGGGUAUGGAUCAGCUUAUUGAUGCAAUAAAGAAAAAGCUGGUAGGGCACCUCCAUGUCCUGAUGAGCCUAUACAUCAAAGAACGAAUUGCUCCUGCAUUAGUGCAUUGCUUAGAUAAAGAGGUUGAGAAAUUAAAGCAACAAAUGGAAGGGUUUAAAGAGCAUGGGUUUGAUAAAUUGAAAAAGGAUCUUAGUGAUGAGAAAAAAAUGAAAAUAAUGCUUGAAGAGUACUGCAGUGCACAUGAAACUGUCAGAGCAGCAAAGUCAGCUGCAUCUCUUUUGAGGAAACAAGUGAAUGAGCUAAAGGAGGCUAUUAAAAGAACUAGCCUAGAGAUUAUUCAAAUGGAAUGGAUGAAUGAUAUGACCUUAAAUCCUUCACACGAUAACAGGAUCAUAGCUCAUAAAUUUCUAGAAAGUGAUGACAAGAUGUAUCCUCUUGUUCUGGAUAUCCACCGACCUAAUUUGUUGGAAAAGAUGCAAUCUUCUGUCUCUAAGAUAGCUAGUUCAAUUGAAUGCUUGCAGUCUUGUGAAAGGACCUCUAUCACAGCUGAAGGGCAGCUGGAAAGAGCCAUGAAUUGGGCUUGUGGUGGUCCAAAUCCCAGCAUGACUGGCAAUAACUCUUACAAGGGUGCUGGAAUUCCUUCUGAGUUCCAUGAUCAUUUGCAGCAGAGAAAAAAGUUGCUGCAGGAAGCUCGCGAAAAGGCUGCUGACAUUAUGAGAGUUUCUUUGUCGAUUUUAGAGUUUGAAGCAUCAAGAGACGGUAUCCUUUGUGUUCCAGGUGAAUUAUUUCCAUUCAGAACCAGUGGAGAUGGAAGGGCAUGGCAGCAAGCAUAUUUAAAUGCAUUGGCAAGGCUGGAAGUCACUUUCCAUUCUUUCUCUCGGGCUGAACAGGAAUUGAAGUUAGCAAAGGGCAGCUUGGAAGCUGCCUCCAAUGGUUUAUUUUCUGCCUCUAAUGAACUCUCUGUAGCUUCUUCAAAAGCAAAGUCAGCCUCAGAGGACUUGCAAACUACUCUGCUUCAAAUGAGAGAUUGUGCAUGUGAAGCUAGCAUCGCACUCUCUGCUUUUUGUCACGUUGCGAAUGGCCAUACCGCUUUAACUUCUGAAUGUGGUUCAAUGCUUGAAGAGGUGCUAGCUAUCAGCGAUGGUCUUCAUGAUGUGCAUAACUUGGGAAAAGAGGCUGCAGCAAUGCAUCGUUCCCUUAUGGAAUCAAUAUCGAAGGCAAGUGAGAUAAUAUUUCCUCUUGAGUCAGUAUUGUCCAAGGACGUAGCUGCAAUGACUGAUGCUAUGAAAAAGGAAAGGGAAACCAAAAUGGAGAUAUCGCCUAUUCAUGGGCAAGCUAUAUACCAAUCCUAUUAUCCAAGAAUUAAGGAGGCUUUCCAGGCUUUCAAGCCCCUGGUACCAUCUCUAGUAUCUUCUGUGAAGGAACUGUACUCUUCCCUGACUAAGCUUGCUCACUCUGCAAGCCUCCAUGCUGCUAAGCUGCAUAAGGCCGUUGAAGGUGUAGAAGCUACCCUGGAAGAUAGGUCACAGGAAACUAACUUGUCAAGGGAAGACCUCAUUGAAAGUUAUACCGAGUAUGAUGGUGUGGAAGGAGAUAUAAUCGGAGAACCUGAAGGAGAGGAUGAAGGUUUGAUUGCUGUCAACUAUUUGUCUGCUGAAGAUAAAGGAUGGAUAUCUCCUCCAGACAGCAUAUAUAGUAGCAGCUCUGGUGGGGAAAGUAUUUCAGGUGAAACCAGUCCUUCAAAUGGAUUUAGUCUUCAAGAAUCUGUGGAGCGUCUUUCGCUUAACUCCAACAACAAAGAGGAUGGAGAUCAUAAGGAACAAUUACUAUUCACUAAAACUGAUCAACAGGAUAUCUUGAAUGCUGUGAUGUCAAAUGACAUGGAGACCAAAGAAGAUAGCGCUGGUUUUUCUUUGGAUAUGCAGCCUAGUGCUCCUAAAGAUUUGGACAUGAAUGUUGAUGGAAAAGAUGAUGCAACCUCAUCAAAGCAAGUUGAAGCUGGAGAUGACAGUCAAAAUGAUCGAAUUAAAAAAGAUGGUGUUCGAGCAAUUAAGGGUAAAAACGCUUUUGCUAUGUCAGUCUUAAGGCGUAUUGAGAUGAAAUUAGACGGCCGAGAUAUUUCUGAAACCAGAGAAUUAAGUAUUGGAGAACAGGUAGAUUAUCUGCUGAAGCAAGCUACUAGUGCAGAUAAUCUCUGCAACAUGUAUGAAGGUUGGACAGCAUGGAUUUGAGUUUGUAAUAAAGAUGCUCCCAUCAUGGGUUGUGCAGUGGUACACCCGCAUAUGGCAGCUCUUCAACAUCUGAUUAGUAAUUGUGGUUAGUCAGGCCUUCAACAUGAGCAGUUUUGGAUGAAGCCUGCGACUCCACCUCGAUAUGGGCCCAAAAAGAGUCAUGCAGGUCUAUUUGGGGAGAUGCCGAUUGUGCUGUUUAUUUGGGAUAAUGGACCUCUGAUCCUGUUGGAAAAGGCUUAAGGACAUAUACCUCAGCUUUUGCUGACUAGACUCUGCGGCUGUGGUGCUGUAUGAGCUGAUCAACUCCAUUGCACCACAGAAAUAUGCCAAAGCUUUUUGGAAUGAAAGAAAAUGACAUUUAGUAUUCUUCUGGGAUCAGAGCCUCAGCACUUCAGCAGUGCCAUGGCCUUUUCAGUCACAGUAUGCUUAAAAUCCCAAGGAGAGUGGUUCAAAACUUGCUUCCUGUGAUCCUACUAUGCUUCUCGUUAAGAAACUCUAGGAAAUGAGCUUGGGAGGUCACAGUUACUGCUUGUGGUUUGUGCAUUUUGGGAAUAGUUUGUUGCUGAUGGAAAAAUAGAAGAUACGCCAUUAUGCAGCAACUACCUUGAUGGAUUAUGAAGCAGAAGCAGAGUACCCGAUUCUUUUGCUUUGCUUUCCCUAAAUUCCGUCUGCAACAACCCCUCUGCCCUCCUAUUUGACUGCAAAUCAUGAUGAUUCCAACCGUCCAAACAAAUUUGCCUUAAAUAAUUAUUGAAGCAGCUUGGUAAGUGUAUUAUGAUUAGCAGCUUGGUAAGUGUAUUAUGAUUAGGAUUCUAACUACUGUUCGAUAUGGUUUUCUAUGACAGUAGUUAUAGUAGGGUCUUGGUAGGAGGUAAUUAAUGUUACACAAAUUUACACUUAAGUCAAUUGGAAGUUGUUUACUGGCUACAAGCCUUUCAAGUUUGAUUUUGGUUCUUAUCUGAAAAAUUCGAGUUGCCUUGGCUUGAAAAUUCGGAUGUGCUCCUGAUCUCAAUAACAGGAACCUCUCUUACUGUGUGUUCAUGUCUUUGUAAUUUAAAAGGAUCUGGGCAAUUUAAGCCCUCUGAGGUGUACACAUACUUCAGUCUCUUGACAAAUGAAUUGAAUGUAAAUUGCUAAGUUUGAGUUUGACUUGGCUCUGCAGCUGUCUCCAUUCUCUGUAUCUCAAUGUAACUGUUUCAUAUAUAUUCACUACAGUUUAAGUUUGAGUGCGGAUUUGAAUUUUUUGAUUUAUUUUAUAACUUAAAAACCAAACACAUAUAUGGCCUGUUGACCCGAAUGAACUCUCCAGAGUCUUAGACUGAAGAAAAUUAAAAAAAAAAAAAAAAUACAGCAUACAACAGGUGCUAGUUUAGUCACCAAAACAGCAACAUAAAACCUUGGGUUACCGCCCACUGUAGCAGCAAUAUCAUAAUCCAGACAGUGACACUAAACAUAGUUUAUUUAUUUACUCCAUCCAACAGUUAAUAACUUUUAUACGCCGAAAAACAUACCGCCUCACUUGAUGAAAUCCCCCUUGAUCUUCUCCUAUAAAUUGUCUCUAAGACCUCAAAUUUCUUUUCAUAACUAGAAUCAUAGCAAUCAACACAAACCUUCACAAAUCAACACAAAAGCUGAACUUUAAAUUUUAGGUUGCAUACUGCACUAGUAGAUAUCUGGAGCAGUGAGACUGCCAAGAUGCAGGAACAGAAUCAAGCCAAGCCUUCCAACCCACCACCUUCUUCUUCUUUUUUGGCCUCGAUCUCGGCUUCGACAAACACGACUCAAAUUAAAACGGGUCAGCCUAAAUGGGUCCAAGCCUUGUAUGUGAAGAUGCCUACUUCUCUUUGUUCUGACUCCAGUCUGUCUAUGGUUAUGGACUGUGUUAGCGCUUGAAAAGAUGAACCAACUCGACCGCUCAAGAGUCGAGGCUUUUGUUAUUUUGUUUUCACUUGUUUGAGCGUGUCUUAGCUUAAGCUAUUUUGUACUAUUAUCUUAACAUGUUACUCUACUUUCGGAUCAAUAAAACUCUGUAUAUUCUACUAUUA